AUGACCGAAUCUACCCUCUUCCGCUCGGAGGAGAUGUCACUCAUUCAGCUGUACAUCCCUGCCGAAGUUGCCCAGCCGACUGUUUCUGAGCUGGGUGAGCUUGGCCUUGUCCAGUUUCGCGACCUCAACCCUGAGGUGAACGCCUUCCAGCGCGCCUUCGUGAGUGAGAUUCGACGUUUCGACGAGAUGGAGCGUCAACUCCGUUUCUUUACGAUGCAGAUUGAAAAGGUUGGCAUUCAUGUCCGCCCCUCGAUGCCCUCUUCACACCUGUCCCGUGCUCGCUCACGCCAGGAACUGGAUGACCUGGAGGAACGCAUCUCUGAACAUGAGAACCGCCUGCUCCAGAUGAACAACUCGCACGAGACCAUGCAGCGUCGGUACCUUGAGCUGAACGAGCUCAAGCAUGUCCUCCACGAGACGUCCGACUUUUUCCAAGAGGCAGCUUCCCAGCAAGAAGACAUCCGCAACUCGUUUGACGAACCAGAGGCACCCUUGUUGGACCGCGAUCUGGAAACUGGAGGCGCAGGAAACCAGAACGCUGGAUUGAACCUGGGCAAUGUCACUGGUGUGAUCCCUCGCAACAAAAUGCAGACCUUUGAACGCAUCCUCUGGAGAUCACUCCGCGGUAACCUGUACAUGAACACCGCACAGAUUGACGAGCCCGUGAUCGAUCCCUCGACAGACACCGUCGUCGAGAAGAACGUCUUCAUCAUCUUUGCCCAUGGACGCGAGAUCAUGGCCAAGAUCAAAAAGAUUGCAGAGGCUCUUGGCGCGACCCUCUACCCAAUCGAUUCAGACGCCGAUCGCCGGAGGGAUGCUCUGCACGAAGUGGAGCGCCACAUUGGCGAGUUCAACUCCGUUCUUGUCAACACCACACAAACGCGUCGCUUGGAGCUGACCAGGAUCUCGGAGAACUUGACAUCGUGGAUGACGAUUGUCAAGAAGGAGAAGGCUACCUACCACACUAUGAACCACUUCAUCUAUGACGUCAACCGCAAGUGUCUGAUUGCAGAGGGAUGGUGCCCGACCAACGAGAUCAACACGAUUCAGGCAGCUCUUCGGGAAGUCACCCAGCGGUCUGGAUCCAUGGUCCCUUCGAUCUUGAACGAAUUGAAGACUCACAAGGAGCCUCCAACCUACCACAAGACCAACAAGUUUACAUCUGGUUUCCAGGGCAUCGUCGAUGCCUAUGGUAUGGCCAAAUAUCGCGAGGUCAACCCUGGUCUCUUUACCAUCAUCUCGUUCCCCUUCCUGUUCGCCGUCAUGUUUGGUGACGUUGGUCACGGUAUCCUGGUUCUCCUCGCUGGAUUGUAUCUUUGUCUCAACGAACGCAAGCUCGCCAGCGUCGACGGCGAGAUGUUCCAAAUGGUGUUUGGGGGUCGAUACAUUGUGUUGCUGAUGGGAGCGUUCUCGAUCUUUACAGGAAUGAUGUACAACGAUAUCUUUUCGCGCGCGUUACCCUGGUUCACGUCUGGUUGGCACUUUAACGUUCCCGAGGACUAUGACGGCAAGACAAUCUUGGUUGCCGAGCCCACUGGCCACAUCUACCCCUUUGGAAUCGACUAUGCAUGGCAUGGAACGGAGAACUAUCUGCUGUUCACAAACUCGUACAAGAUGAAGAUGUCUGUCAUCCUUGGAGUCAUCCAUAUGUCGUUUGGUAUCUGCAUGGUCUUUUUUAACGCCAAAUUCUACCGCAAGCCCAUUGACAUAAUUGGAGGAUUCAUCCCCCAGAUGCUGUUCAUGCAGUCAUUGUUUGGAUACUUGGUCAGCAUGAUCCUGUACAAGUGGACGGUCAAUUGGUUCGAGACUGACGCUGCUGGCCACGCCAUCCACAACUCGCCCCCUAGUUUGCUCAACACCAUGAUUUACAUGUUCUUGAGCCCUGGUUCUGUCAACGAAGCCGACAAAUUGUACCCUGGACAGGGAUUUAUUCAAGGAUUCCUGGUGUUGCUCGCUUUCGUUUGCAUCCCAUGGAUGCUGUUCCUCAAGCCCUACUAUCUCAAGUACGAACACGGAAAGGCCCGCGCAAUGGGAUACCAUCAACCCUCAGAACACAAUGUCCGCGUCAGUACCGACAGCAACCACACUGACGACGCCGGAGGAGCAGUUGUGGCAGAGGAUCAUGGGGAAUCGUCAGAGCACGAGUUUGAGUUCUCGGAGGAACUGAUUCACCAGGUCAUUCACACGAUUGAUUUCUGUCUGGGAUGCAUCUCCAAUACGGCGUCGUACCUGCGUCUGUGGGCACUGUCGUUGGCCCACGCACAGCUGUCGGAGGUGUUGUGGAGCAUGACGUUGGGGAUGGCGUGGGGCUUUACGGGUGCGGUGGGGGCGUUCAUGACGAUUGUGAUGUUUACCAUGUGGUUCUCGUUGACGAUCUUUAUUCUUGUCGGCAUGGAAGGUCUCUCAGCCUUCUUGCACGCCCUCCGUCUCCAUUGGGUUGAGUUCAACAACAAAUUCUAUUUUGGUACUGGAUAUGCUUUUGAGCCAUUCUCAUUUGCGACAAUGUUGGCCGAGAAGGAUCCCUAA